GAAGCCACAAACAGGCAACUUCCUUUCUCCUGUCUCCACUUCCCACUCAGCUGGGACGGCUCCUACUCAUUUUCUCAAGAUCCUUAUCUGCUCCUGCACUCGGAGAAGUUUCCCCAUACCUUGCACACUACCCAGGAGAGGUGGGGAAAGGAGUGUUCCAUGUGGUCACUGGGCGUGAGUAAGCAUCUCUCCUCCCUGUGACUUCCCCGCCUCUGCACCAGGGGCUGGGAAACCCCACUCAGGUCAUCGAAUAAAAGCUCUGGGCCUCGCAGCAUGGGCAAGGGAAGAGCUCUUAGCUUCACCAGACACAUCGAGACCGCUGCAAGGAGGUCUGAGCCAGACCCCCCAGGAUGAAGCUCAUCACCGUGGCCCUGGUGUGCCUGCUGCUGGCUGGGAUGUGGCUGCGCGAGGCGGACAGCAGGAGCAUGCACGUAUCAUCCUCCAACUGUUGCUUCACGUUUGUGGAGAAGAAGAUUUCCUCGCAGAGAAUCCAGUGUUACAAAAACACCAGCUCCGCGUGCUCCCGCAGUAGUCUAAUAAUCAAGCUGAAGGGAGGCAGAGAGACCUGUGUCUUGCCGACAGCCGGAUGGGUUAAGCAAUCUUUAAAGUCCAAGAAACCGUGCCUGCUAAAGUAAACACGAGCGGAUUUCCUUCCAUCCUGGACUCUGAAGACCCCAUGGCUUCACCUGUCCCCCGCCUCAGCCCCUGACCCUAUGCCAGUCCUUCUGCCCAGCUUUGUAAGGUCGUAGAGGGUUGACUCAGUCUUAAUAAGCUAUGUUGUUGCACUUUAUAUAUUUAAAUGCUAGAAUCUUCAAUUCCUGCCUCCCUGGGCUUCUUGGAUCCCACAGGGAUUUCGGAUGCAAACUUGAUUGGCACUGAGAAGCUGGGGCCAGGGGCCAGGUGGGUGGGGGUGGGGAAGACUGGAUGGUGCCAGAAGA